AUGGACCAAGACGACGGCGAUUAUGCUACCCUAAGGGAAUUGCCUCUUCCGCCUCCCAACUCCUCUCAGAGAAUUUCUAACGGGGAAGACACGGCCAGUGAAGAGGGAAAGCUUCUGGCUUGUGUUCAUGAUGAACAUAUAACUUACGCUAGCACCAACCAAGACUUCGAUCCUCCAGAUAACGCUUAUGAAGAUAGAAGUCCGUUGCUGGAAGAAUCGUCUGUUAUUGUUCAUAAUAAUUACGAAAGUGUGAAGUAUUGUAGAACUUUUAAGAUAAUUAGCUUAAACUUUUUAAUUGUAAUGUACUCCAUUUUUCUUCCACAGGUCCAAACAACUUCAGCACCACGUUGCAUUCGACGCGCCGACUCCGGAAUUAUCCCUCACGAAGAUAUUCCAGGAAGAUCCGAUUCUGUGAGUACAGAAAGCUCACAUUCACCCCCAGAUCCUCCUGGAAGUAAUCACAGCGAAACUUCUAGUGGAAUUCAUUCGAACGAUAGCGAACACCAUACACCACCCAAAACCGAAAGCAUAAUUAAUAUCACAGAAAAUCCAGCUGACAGCCAGGAAAGCACAGUCGUUAUACGCAGAAAAUCGAUCAGGCCGAACAAAACCGACAUUAUAACACCCGCCAUAUUGGAAGAAGAUCCGUAUGGUAGAUGCACCAAUAUGCGAAUGACGUCGUUUACAGAUAAAACUAACAUCCAGUCGUGUUCAGCUACGUUGCCGCAUUAUCCGACACAGCCUGUUCAGAAUGUGUAUCCAAACUGUUCUACCAUGCCUCUUCCACAACAUACUACCAACAAUGUACAAGCCAAUUUGGUAAAUGGAAAUAGCUGCAAUGUUUAUCCGAGACAACACACUACUAUACCGACACAUCAUAACGGUGUCAAACUGUUGUCGAAUCCACACAAUCCAUACGUUAAAAGACUGCAUCCCAAGGUAGGCGAGGGGAUAAAAUAUGAACCAAUUUAUACUGCUAUUAAUAGGAAAUCCGGCGAAUUGUAUCACUAUACGUCGUAG